AUGGACAUUGACAGCCCUACCAACAAGUCCAUUACCGACAGCAUCGAUGAGUCUGGCGAUGCCACCAUGGCUGACGCGCCGCCAACGAGGGGCCAGCAGGUGGCAACAACCGACCGCAUGAUGCCUGAGGUGGCUCCGCCAGCAACAGCCAUCCCAGAACACUCGGAUGUGUUUGAGAACGGCGACCAGACCAAGCCCAACUGCGACUUCCUGAAGGACCACUUCUUCCGCGAAGGCCGGCUGCGCGAGUCCGACGCACUGGCCAUCCUGGAGGAGGCCACUGCAAUCCUCAAGAGCGAGCCAACCCUGCUGACCCUGAGCUCGCCGGUGACGAUCUGCGGCGACGUGCAUGGGCAGUACUACGAUCUGAUGAAGCUGUUUGAGGUGGGCGGCGACCCGGCGACCACGCAGUACCUGUUCCUGGGGGACUACGUCGACCGCGGGUACUUUUCGAUAGAGUGCCUGCUGUACCUGUACUCGCUCAAGAUCCGGCACCCGGCGUCGUUCUUUAUGCUGCGCGGCAACCACGAGUGCCAGCACCUGACGGACUACUUUACGUUCAAGCUGGAGUGCACGCACAAGUACUCGGAGCGGGUGUAUGAGGCAGCGCUGGGGUCGUUCUGCGCGCUACCGCUGGCGGCGGUGGUCAACAAGCAGUUCCUGUGCAUCCACGGCGGGCUGAGUCCCGAGCUGCACACGCUGGACGACCUGCGGCAGCUGGACCGGUUCCGCGAGCCGCCGACGCACGGGCUGAUGUGCGACCUGCUGUGGGCCGACCCGGUCGAGGACUUUGGGCACGAGAAGAACAAGAGCUACUUUAUCCACAACUUUGCGCGCGGCUGCUCGUACUUUUUCAACUACGCGGCGGUGUGUGCAUUCCUAGAGCGCAACAACCUGCUGUCGCUGGUGCGCGCGCACGAGGCGCAGGACGCCGGAUACCGCAUGUACCGCAAGAGCAAGACCACGGGGUUCCCUGCGGUCAUCACGCUGUUCUCGGCGCCAAACUACCUCGACGUGUACAACAACAAGGCGGCGGUGCUGAAGUACGAGAACAACGUCAUGAACAUCCGCCAGUUCAACAGCUCGGCGCACCCGUACUGGCUGCCCAACUUCAUGGAUGUGUUUACGUGGUCGCUGCCGUUUGUCGGCGAGAAGGUCACGGACAUGCUGCUGGCGAUUCUCGACAUCUGCACCAAGGACGAGCUGGAGGAGAGCGCGACGGACCUGCAGCAGAUGGCGCGGAUCUUCCAUGUCCUCCGGUCGGAAGCCGAGACGAUCAACGAGCUCAAGGGGCUGCUGGGCACGCAGCGGCUCCCGGCAGGCCAGCUGUCGGCUGGUGGACGCGGACUGCGGCAAGCGGUGAUGUCGUUUGAGGAAGCCAAGCGCUACGACCGCGACAACGAGAAGCUGCCGCCGCUGCGCAGGCAGGCAUCGGCCGAACAGCGUGCAGUCACCGACGAGCAGGCUGCAUAUGAGGCUGCAGAGAAGGAAUAUGGCCCAUUAGUGGCCCUGGGCGAACACUUAGACCAACACACGCGCAAUAUGGCCAAGGAUCGUGGGGCAUAUCCAGUUCUAAACCCCUAUAUUUUCGAAUGUACAGCUAUGUAA